GAUGAAUAUCUUGAAUGUGUCUCUUGAUGUAGACUUCCACUACGCGUAUACGAGUGCAUUCUGAUUCCUCAGUAAUUCUCGUAAUUUUUUUUACGUCCAAGGGCCCUUGGCCGUAAUCUGCUCUCAUGCAGAAUCAUCCAUCUUAUCCAGUGCUUUCGCCACUUCUCGCAAAGUAUCCUGCAACCGGUUGCGCGUUGUUCCAGGUAUACAAUGACCUGACUCUGGCACAAAGAUGGACUGAUGUCGAAGUCCUCGACCUUCCAGCUUGCAAACGAGCCGGGAUCAAAGGCCAACGGCCAACCACUGACACCGACCGAGGGCCGUCUGUCUGCGUUGUAGUACCCUGCUCACUAUCCGAGUCGAUAUCUACAUCGUGGCUUCGGGCUGCUUUUACCAGCCUCGAGCCUUCACCCACAGAGAUUUAUGUGGCCAUCACCUCAGAAGACACGUCGACGGUCUACUACAAGAUCAGCCAGGGAAUCGUCAAGCCACCCGUAUAAUGCGUCCUGACGCGUCUCAUCAGCCGCCAGUGAAGAUGAAUGUCAAUCAACAGCAGUAUCUAAUUGAUGUUCUAUCCGUACGUCGAC